UACCGAACAGAGCGGGUAUCUGGACGUGGAAGAAGGCACCAGAACCACCUGAGAUCCCAUUCCACCACGAUGCUGAGAUGGAGGAUGCACCUGCAGGCCUUGAUGAUGAUGACGAUGAUGAUGGCGUUGCUGAGGUUGAUGUCAGACCGACACGUCCCACCCGCAGUCGGCGACCACCAGCUCCUCCUGAGGGUGGAUGGACACUUGAUCAUGUCAUGGCAUCCUUAUAUGAUCUGACUACUGACUUUAGAGGAUAUAGACAGAGCACGAGCAAGUGGCGAAACCAGAUGGACACAAGGGUUGCACGGUUGGACACAAGGGUUUCACGCUUGGAGGGUUUAAUUGGCGAGGGUGCCCAUACUCAGGAGGAGGAGGAGGAGGAGGAGGAUGAUGACAAUGGGGAUGACACACAAUCGGAUGAAGAGAAUGGGGAGGACACGGCAUCGGAUUAGUGUGUCCAUAGGGUUUCAUAUCAUUGAUUUAGUUUGAUGUAAUGUAGUCAUUUUGGUACAUUUAGGAACUUUACCUACAUUGCAUGGAUGUUU